AUGAGAACCGAAACUUACACCACACCCGGGAUGACUAACUCCCAAAAGAUUGCUUUAAUACAGCCCGUGUUCGAAGGUAAAUCCCGAGACGCAGGCACGGAAAUACUAUCGCCGAUGAGCCCGCUACUGAAGGGACUAUCGCAGCACACAGGCGAUAACAAGCGCGGGUAUGGGGGGAGUGACGAUGAGAAGCAACGAACUGUGAAGGCGAAACUGGUGGAGGGUUUUGAGUGUAUAAUCGAUUUUCAGAAGAUGGACGGGCGAGUUGGGCUUAAGAUUGAUGUUUGGCAGUUUGGCGUGCACAUCAAAUAA